GGCUGCAGCAUUGAAAGACUUCACAGUUGAAUGUAUUGGGAUCAUAACACAUAUCUUAUAUUUCAUUCGCACGUUUCAACUGGAAAAGACCAGUUAACAGUUGCCUGUUGAACUGUGUAGAUAGUACUGGAAUAGGAUAUCAUGUCUAAAAUAUUACUUCUAACAGUAGUUGUUUUGUAUGUUGCGUACUACUUUGGAAAUGUUUAUCUCACUGAGCCGAACUUAGAGAUUCCUAAAUUACCUGAAACCAAUUGGGGACCAGCAAAUCGACAAACAGAUGAUUCGAUUAGACCAUUUAAAAUAAAUGUUUCAGAAGAUGUGAUCCAUGAUUUGAAACAACGAUUGUCAAGGACACGGUAUUCAGUGCCACCUCUUGAAAAUACAGGAUGGACUUAUGGAGUGUCUAGUAAAUAUUUGAAAGAGAUUGUCAAUUACUGGAAGGAUCAUUACAAUUGGUAUGAGAGACAAGAACUGCUUAAUAAGUAUCCUCAGUUUAUUACGACCAUCCAAGGAAUUGAUAUCCACUUUUAUCAUGUAAAGCCAAGUAAACUGCAAAAUGAAGAUGGGAGACAAUUGAAGGUAUUUCCACUAUUGUUGCUCCAUGGAUGGCCAGGAUCUGUAGUUGAAUUCCAGAAAAUUAUUCCUCUGUUGACAACUCCACGACCUGGCAAAGACUUUGUUUUUGAAGUCAUUGCCCCAUCUCUACCAGGAUUUGGCUUCUCUGAAGGAGCUGUGCGUCCUGGUCUAGGAACUGUUCAGAUGGCUGUAAUUUUUAAAAACUUGAUGCAACGAUUGGGAUUCGAUAAAUAUUAUGCUCAAGGUGGCGACUGGGGAAGUUUAAUAACACAUGAUUUAGCAACUUUAUUCCCUGAUAAAAUUUUUGGCGCUCACGCCAAUAUGUGUCCUAUAAGAUUCUCUAAAAUUCCCUGGAAAAUAUUUCUAGGAGCCUAUUUCCCUUCAUUAUAUGUUGAACCAGAGCACGCAUCCAAAGUGUACCCUUUGAAAUAUCAUUGGGGAAGAUUGUUGGAAGAAUCUGGCUACUUCCAUAUUCAAGCUACAAAGCCCGAUACUAUAGGAGCUGCUUUGAGCGAUUCUCCAGCAGCUCUUGCAGCCUAUAUACUGGAAAAAUUCAGCACAUGGACUAAUCCUGAAUUUCGAUUUGUAAAUGAUGGUGGACUUUUAGUUAAAUUUACUAUGGAUGAGUUGUUGGACAAUGUCAUGCUUUACUGGGUUACUAAUUCUAUAACAACAAGUGUAAGAAUUUAUGCGGAGAGUUUCAGCUCCGAAAACUUUGGAUUAUUGAACCCCUACCCAGUCACCACUCUUUUCGGUUUUGCUAAUUUUCCCAAUGAAUUGUCGUACACGCCGGAAUCUGUCGUGCGAUCUCACUUCAAGAACUUGAUUCAUUUUAGUCAUUUACCUAGAGGAGGACAUUUUGCAGCCUUUGAAGAACCUCAACUUCUCUCCGAUGAUAUAUACACUUUUGUUGACAAAAUUCAAAAUAUGGAUAUGUCAACUAAUCCUAAAUAAUCAUCAACAAUUACUGCCAAGUUAUUUUUAGCUUUCCAGUGGGAAGUUAUUAUAAAUUUUUCCAUUAUCCACGUAAUAGAUGUAUUUAUCUAUUAUCAAAAAAUAUAGAUUUAGAUUAUUUCUAUCAUAAAUUCAUAAAAUUUUUAUAAACUGUAUAUACAUUAUAAAUAGUGUACACAAAAAUACCUUGAAAUGAUUGAUUUAUGCUCAGGUGAUUAUGAAGUGUUCCAAUAAUUAUAAUUUAUUAUAAAGUUUUUAUACUUCACGUUAAUAAAAGUGUUAAAAAAAAGGGAACAGUGCUGAUAAACUUUAGUAUAGCAUAAAUGAUUACGAUUAAAAUUUGCAAGUAAUUGAUAUAAAGAAAAUUAAUAUAACUGAAAAUAAUUAUAACUGGAGAAAUGAUCAGUUAUGAAUGUAUGUCUUUUCUAUUCUCAAACUCCAAUAAACCUCUUUAAUUCCAACCAAUAAUAAUAACAGCCAAAUUAGCUGAAACAAAUAACCAUUUACAUAAGAUAAAGAUGUAUUAUAAAUCCAAUAAAAGUGAUGAAUACUUAUAUUCAAUUGCAAGAGAA